UAGAGGUACUUUAGCCGUACUUAAUUAGCUCACGCGUUCGGUCUAUCGUUGCUACAUUGUCCUACAUCUGGUGAACAGUGAACAUAGGACUGACGCUGAAGGUGUGUGAGAGCGUUCAAGCGACGUAUGUCCUUAUAUAUAUGUAAUGAUUGAUAUAGACUCAACAGCUGAUACGCGAUUAAAAACAUGACGAAAUUGAGCCAUGCCGUGUGGGGCCUGUCCUCAAAUUUUGUGGCGAAUCGAUACUUCUCCCGGUUAUUAACUUUGCCACGGUACAAUGCAUCUAUCGUUGCAUCAUCCCAAGGAUUAUCAACGAAUACCUCUGCCAGAUCUGACGACGCAUUGAUCAUCAGCGACAGCUGUGUGAAACGCUUGAGAGAAAUAGCAAGCGAUGGCACGUGCCUGAGAGUUACGGUGGAGGGAGGUGGUUGCUCUGGAUUUCAGUACAAGUUCGACCUAGACUCGAGCAUCCAAGAGGAUGAUAGGGUGUUUCAGAAAGAUGGUACCAAAGUGAUAAUAGACUCGACGUCUUUGGAGUACGUCAAGGGCUCGACGAUAGAAUUCCAUACAGAAUUGAUACGAUCAGCCUUCAGGAUAACGAACAAUCCUCUGGCUGAACAUGGAUGCAGCUGUGGCGCCAGCUUUGCCCUUAAAUUGGAGUGAAUGGUAGAGGCAUCUACUUACAUCUUUAGUAGAUCGGCUAGUGUAAAAUUCUGUCGACGAAGUAAACGUUCAAGUGAUUAUUUUGAGGAUCAAUUACGUUUUUUAUUUAUUAUUAACACACAAAGCAAUGCAUACAAUUGCUUUGGCAAAUAUACAUUUAUUUUAUCACAACACCUACCAUGAACAGUAGCUGUACAUAUUUCUCUUUUUUUCCGUAUAAUAUAGUAUAAUUUACAAUUUA